CGAAUUGGCCGGGAAAAUCUCUCCACCAAGCACCACGUUUGUCAUCAUGCCCUGGCAGUUCCCUUGAAGGAGGUGCGGGAUGGUAGGGUUAUGUAACGACUCACUCCUAUCCCCAGGAACAAACGGCAAUGCAGUGGGAAGGAUAUUAGGGUUGCACCCCGACGGGAAGAUUAUACAACCCAGGCGGCGGGACCCCAGCAACCGUUGCCCGGGCGACACAUGGCGGGGGCUCCCACCGCGCGAGUGCGCGCGCUCUACAAGCGGUUGCUGCGCCUCCACCGCCGGUUACCUAGCGACCUGCGCGUCCUGGGCGACCAGUACGUCAAGGACGAGUUCAGGAGGCACAAAGUGGCCGGAGCGUCGGAAGCGGCGAGGUUCAUGGAGCAGUGGCAGGCAUAUGCAGAUGUACUACAGACACAGGUUUUGGAGAGUGCGAUGCAUCCAAUGCAGAAGGUUCAAUAUGGAGCCAGUCUGACGACAAAUGAAUUGCAAGACUUUAAUGAAGCACAAGUUGGACAACUGUAUGAACUGAUGCAGGAAGCCACAAAACCUAAUUACCAGUUCAAUAUUGAAAAUGACCCCCAUCACAAGAAGUAAUUUAGCAAGUACCGCAACAGGAAGAACAUAACUAUAAAAAUGAAUCUUUUAUCUUCUUGCUGUUGUUAGAAAUAAUUAUCUAAAAACUUAAGAAUGUUAAACAUUGCUACAUAUAGAAAAAACAAUGAGCCCACUUUAGCCAAAAUGAUAAACAGAGCUUCACAGUAUUUAUUUCAGCAAAAUACUCAAACAUAAAUGGGUUUCUAAUAAAAUCCUAAACAUUCAAACAAUUCUUCUGUAAAACUGGCAAAAUCAUUAGUCUGAUUUUGUGUAAGAAACAAAUUUUUGUGACAUUUGAUGCACUUUUGCAAUUUGUAAUCUGGAAAGAAGUACGUAACGAAUAAACUUCAUUCAAUUAUCA